AUUUCACUCCCCAUUUUAAUACUUCUUCCAAACUCAUCCUCAAAAAUUCCAAAAACCCUGUGGUAAAAACCAAAACCCUUCAAAAAAUUUCAACAAGCACCACAAUCCGUAAAGAUGAGAGGAUUCUCAGUGAUGCUACGUCGUUUGAUUGGUUGCAGACCAUCCAUAUCAUCAGGACGACGUUCUUCUGAAUUAGGUCAAACAUUAAUGGUUUCAUCAGCAGCCACAGUAUCAUACUCUACAGUUACUCUAUUUGAGAAGCCUAAUUUACUUUCCGGAUCCCCAAUUGCUGCAACCCUUUUGCCUGAUUUGCAAUCUCUUCACGUUCUCAAUCAUUCUAGGAAUUACUCCACUCCAUCUUCCUCAGGUCCAUCGAAUAUUGUAUCAAUUGAGUCCGAAGAGCAGUUCAAUACUUCACUUCGCAAAGUGCAAGAUGAGUCUUUGCCUGCAAUAUUCUACUUUACUGCUGUCUGGUGUGGGCCCUGUAGGCUGCUAUCUCCUGUAAUUGGCCAAUUGAGUGAGAAAUAUCCUCAUGUGACCACAUAUAAAGUUGACAUUGACAAGGAGGGGCUUGGAAAUGCAUUGAGCAAGUUGGACAUUCACUCUGUGCCUACAUUGCACUUCUUUCAAAAUGGAAAAAAAACAUCUGAAGUUAUCGGUGCUGAUGUCCAGCGCUUGAAAGAUACCAUGGAGGAGCUCUACAAGUGAUACUUUAACCUUCCAGCAUUUCAUGUCUGGUUGGAAGUUGACAUCCGUUCAGGUUCUACAAACAGCAUUGCAAACUUUUAUCGCUUCAGUGAUCAUUCGUAGAUUUUAAGUAUGCUCAAAUGUAAUGCUAUCGAGUGCUGAAUAAAGUUCUCUCUCUUCCUGCUGUAACAUUUCCUGUCACCUUGAUUGUUAUUUUUUCUUCCUUUGUUGCC